CUGACGGGAGCGGGGCGGAUGCUCGCGCCCUUCCUUCCCUCCCCGCCUCCGAGCCGCGGAGCGCCCUGGCUCUGGGGCCGAUAUGGGAGCCGCCGCCUGGGCAUCGUCGCCCCUGCCGCCGCGUGUGUCUCUCCUGCUGCUGCUUCUGCCGUUCCCGGGGCUGCCUGUGGGCUCCUGGGACCCGGCGGGUUACCUGCUCUACUGCCCAUGCAUGGGGCGCUUUGGGAACCAGGCUGAUCAUUUCUUGGGCUCCCUGGCAUUUGCAAAGCUGUUGAACCGCACCCUGGCUGUACCUCCUUGGAUUGAGUACCAGCAUCACAAGCCUCCUUUCACCAAUCUCCAUGUGUCCUACCAGAAGUACUUCAAGCUGGAGCCCCUCCAGGCCUACCAUCGGGUCAUCAGCCUGGAGGACUUCAUGGAGAAGCUGGCACCUACUCACUGGCCCCCUGAGAAACGGGUGGCAUACUGCUUUGAGGUGGCAGCCCAGCGAAGCCCUGAUAAGAAGACAUGCCCCAUGAAGGAAGGAAACCCCUUUGGCCCAUUUUGGGAUCAGUUUCAUGUGAGUUUCAACAGGUCUGAGCUUUUUGCAGGCAUUUCCUUCAGCGCCUCCUACAAAGACCAGUGGAUCCAGAGAUUUUCUCCAGAGGAACAUGCAGUGCUUGCCCUGCCAGGGGCCCCGGCCCAGUUCCCUGUCUUGGAGGAGCAUAGGCCGCUCCAGAAGUACAUGGUGUGGUCAGAUGAGAUGGUGAGGACAGGGGAGGCCCAGAUCCGUGCCCACCUCAUCCGGCCCUAUGUGGGCAUCCACCUGCGCAUUGGCUCCGACUGGAAGAAUGCGUGCGCCAUGCUGAAGGACGGGACCGCCGGCGCCCACUUCAUGGCCUCCCCGCAGUGCGUGGGCUACAGCCGCCACACCGCCGCCCCGCUCACCAUGACCAUGUGCCUCCCCGACCUGAAGGAAAUCAGGCGCGCCCUGAAGCUCUGGGUGACGGCGCUGAACGCCCAGUCGGUCUACAUUGCCACUGACUCUGAGAGUUAUGUACCUGAGAUCCAGCAGCUCUUCAAAGGGAAGGUGAAGGUGGUGAGUCUGAAUCCUGAGGUGGCCCAGAUCGACCUGUACAUCCUCGGCCAAGCUGACCACUUUAUUGGCAACUGUGUCUCCUCCUUCACUGCCUUUGUGAAGCGGGAACGGGACCUCCAGGGGAGGCAGUCCUCCUUCUUCGGCAUGGACAGUCCCCCUCAGCUGCGGGAUGAGUUCUGAUCCAACCUGGAGCAUACCGCCUGUCUGAGUUGUUCCCUCCAGCCAGGCCUGGCAGCCAGAGGUGCUCCCAGGAUUGAUCCCCAAGGAUCAGAGAACAGAAAAAAAUACCAGGGACUUCCUGGAGUAGGAGGAAGACAGUCCAUCUCCCAGGGCACGGGACUUCCAAGCUUCUAGUAGCCAGACCAUCUCCCUUUCUCAUGUGCUCCCUGCUGCUUCUCCUGGGAAUUUCUCACACCUGCAAAGCAGUCCAACCUCUGUCUUUUGGUCUGCCCUGCUCUGAGCAGCCUGGGAUGCUGAACUCUAUUCGGAGAUAUUUUUUUAUAUAUAUAUAGAGAGAUUUUUAUAGUUUUGAUACAAGGUCAUGACUCCCCUAGAACUCUCCCUCAUUUUAAAAAAUCAGUGAAGUUCAUUAACAUAGGUACCUGAAGUGACCUUAACAGAAUGUGGAUAAGGCCAGGGGUGGGUGGGUGUAUUGAUCGCUUUUCCAGAUGACCCCCAAAGUGGCCCUCAGACUCAUCCCCACUGCCUGGCCAGAGCCAUUGUCAGCCCCCCUUUCCUAGGCCAUCGCCAGGGUUUGGGGCACAAACACUCUUCUCCAUUGUACACAGUAUGCAAAUAGAAGUUAUCAAUCACAGUGCUGUCAGUACCCCGAAGACGGCUAAGUGCGGCUCCCCCAGCACAUUCCCGGCAAGGAGCACCUGCCAUCAAGCCAGGCCAUCAUGGUAUUGCUCUCAAAGUCUCUUGGUAGUUGGUGGCCUGCCACAAACCUGGCACCAUCAGGGUUUCAUAACACCUCACCAGGGCCAGGACUUGCUGCCUGGCAGGAUCCUUCUGAAGUUUCCUCUUCUGAUCUCAUGUCCCAAGGGACCUGGUUGUAGAAUUUUGCCAUUAAGCUGCUAUCCAAGGCCUGUCCUCCCAGCCUUCCUCCUGCAGCUGGAACCCUCAGACUAUAUUCUCACAAGGGAGUGUUCACUAAGCCUCUGACCAGAUCAAAGAUGCUCAGUACCCAAGAGCCAUUGGAUUCCCAGGUUUUUUUGCCCAUCUCAUCCAGUAUGAUCUCAGCCAAGCCCAUGAGGCUUAAGGUGUUACAGUCAUAAGUUUCUUUGUCUCUCAGAUGCUGUAGUUGUAAAAAUCCAUGACUCCUGAGAGUCUGAUUUUUUGGCCUUGUGGUUCUAAAAUUCAUGUCUAACACCUGCCGAUUACUUCCCCGCCAUCUGGCCUCCCUCAGAAGGCCACAGUCAACCCUGGUAAGGUAGAGGAGACUGAUGAGAGCCAGGCCCAGAGCUUCAUGCAGCGGUGUCCCUUGGGUAACCUUUGGGAAGAGAUGCUUUGUUUUCAUGGCAGACUGAAUCAGAGGCUGCAGGGCAACAAGGAUCUCAAACACCAAAGGUGGCAUUCGCUGCUUAGAGCUGCCGCCCAACUCUUAGUAGGAGAAACUAUACAGAAAGGGCAUUUGAAUUUUCCGUCUCGGGGAAAUGUUUUAAAUCCUGGGUGGACUCUGAGAGAUGGUUUAUCUGUUCAGACUUGUUCACGAGCCUCAUUGUGGGACGUGGGAGCCGCUGCCUCCAUCCGGCGGUUGGGGGCGUGUGGCUUUCUGCCUGAUGUCAUUUGCUGCCCCACACUAGGCACACGCCUUAGAGUCUGGGGCGCUAAUGGGCCGGCCAAAUCCUCAUGUCUCUGGAGGUCAGGGCGCUGGAGUUGUAGUCAGAUUCAGUGUGUUUUGUAGGCGAGUACUUUAUUCCUUUGACCCAGUUUCCUCACCUAUAAAAUGGUGAUAAAACUGACAGGGUUGUUGAACAGCCCCAAUCAGAUAAAGCAUGUAUAAGAGCCCGUUGUAAACUUGAAAGAGACAAGGGCAAAUACAUGGCUGUUGAUAAUUUGACUGCCUCUCGUUGCAUGCCUCCUUUGUGCCAGGCACUGUGCUUGCUAAGUGCUUUGUGGACAUUCUCUGGUUUAGCCCCCACCUCAGCCCUGGGAAGCAGGAACUUCUGCGCAGGGCAGAAUUUUUUUUUCAGAAUUUUUUUUUUUUUAAUUAUUUUUGGCUACGUUGGGUCUUCGUUGCUGCGUGUGGGCUUUCUCUAGUUGCGGCGAGUGGGAGUUUCUCUUCGUUGCGGUGUGCAGGCUUCUACUUGCGGUGGCUUCUCUUGUUGAGGAGCACAGGCUCUAGGUGCGUGGGCUUCAGUAGUUGCAGCACGUGGGCUCAGUAGUUGCAGCGAGUGGGCUCUAGGGUGCGCGGGCUUCAAUAGUUGUGGCGCCAGGGCUCAGUAGUUGUGGCUCGCAGGCUGUAGAGCGCAGGCUCAGUAGUCGUGGCACAUGGGCUUAGUUGCUCCGCGGCAUGUGGGAUCUUCCUGGACCAGGGCUCGAACCCGUGUUCCCUGCAUUGUCAGGCGGAUUCUUAACCACUGCGCCACCAGGGAAGCCCUGAUUUACAUUUUUGAAGGGCCUCUCUGGCUGCCACAUGGAGAAGAGAUGGGAAGGAGGCAGGGUAGCAGCAGGGAGACCAAUGUGGGGCUGUCACAAGGAUGCAGGCGAGAGAGACGAUGGGGCUUAGGCAAAGGUCAUUGCCUUGAAGGUGGUGGGAAGUGGUCAGAUUCUGCAUGUAUAAAAUCAUUUUAAAAUGUCAGUCUUUUUUAAAGAUAUAAGUCUUUGCAUAGUUUUAAUCAUGCAGUAGUUACAAUUUAAUGUCCUGUUUUUCACUUAAUAGUAUAUCAUGUUUUCCAUGUUGGUACAUGGCCUGAAUAAAUGUUUUUAAUGAUAUAAAAUUCCACUGAGGGGUGUCCCAUAGCUUAUUGUUGUCCUAUUAUGAGAACUUAGUAUGUUCCCAAUUUUUCACUGCUAUUAUUUGGAAAAUAUUUUUAUUUGUAAGUCUUUUUCUAUA